AUGGAGCCAGAGCUCUGCUAUGAGUCCAGAAAUGGUUCAUGUCUGAGGACCAUCUAUCCCUUGCCCAUACGCAUCACCCUCUACAUGAUUCUAGGGGUCACUGUCAUCAUAACUGUGUUUGGAAACCUUUUGGUCUCUGUCUCUAUUGCAUAUUUUAAGCAGCUACAUACUCCAACAAAUUACUUGAUUGCCUCUCUUUCUGUGUCUGACCUUCUUUUAGGGCUGUUCGUCAUGUUCCCCAGUAUGAUUCUGUCUGUAGAGUCUUGCUGGUAUUUUGGUGACGUCAUCUACCGACACUAUGCUGUUUGCAAGCCUCUACUAUAUAGACGAAAAAUUACUGUGAAUGUUGUGUUGAUCAUGAUUCUGCUCAGUUGGAGUAUUUCAGCUCUCAUAGGCUUUGGAAUGAUUUUUCUCAAGUUAAAUCUUUGGGGGAUUGAGGAGUUCUACUAUGACCAAAUUGCAUGUGAAGGAGGAUGUGUCUUGUUACAGAGUGGACUGUCAAGUACAGUUUCAUCUGUACUUUCCUUUUACAUUCCAGGAAUAAUAAUGCUUGGCAUUUAUCUAAAGAUUUUCCUAGUGGCACAGAGACAGUUGCACAGCAUACAGAACACAAGACAAGGCCAGACAAAAGCCACUAAAACACUUGCAAUCAUAAUGGGGGCGUUUCUUUCUUUUUGGACUCCUUUUUUUGUCUGUAACAUCAUUGAUCCCUUUAUCGGUUACUCAACACCACCAGCUUUGUUUGGAACACUUGUAUGGGUGGGCUACUUAAAUUCUACUGUGAACCCUUUAAUAUAUGCAUUCUUUUAUAGUUGGUUCAGAAAGGCUUUUCAUUUAUUUGCUACAGGGAUCAUCUUUAAAUCUGACAUGUCCGAGAUAACACUUUUCAAAGACUAA